GGGCAGCAAAAAAGGGCACAGUGAUCGCCUACGCGCGCAUUGAGCAGCGGCACAGAUCGGCCUGGUCAUACACUAACGUGUCUGCACAGCUUGGCGCAAUUCACUCGUCUGUUAAGGGCUCCCAGCACAGCUGCCGCUGAGCACUGACUGCUGAUGCGCCGUCUCAUCGCAGCCAUGGUAAUGCUCACCACGGCCCGCGCCGUGAGCACGGCCUGGUGGCGGUCGAUCGGCGCGCCCAAAUAUAUCUGCGCCCCCAUGGUUGAUCAGUCGGAGCUGGCCUUCCGCGAGCUGUCGCGGCGCUACGGCGCCGGGCUCUGCUACACGCCCAUGCUGCACGCCGGUCUGGCCGCGGGCGACUCCGGGAUCCAAUAUCUCGAACGCCAGUUCACGACGCGGCGUGGCGACUGGCCGCUGGCCGCGCAGUUCGCCGGCCACGACGCAUCGGUGGUCUGCAGGGCGGCCGAGCGGACUCUUCAUCUAGCGGGCGAUAAUGUCGACAACGUCGUGGCGCUCGACCUCAAUUUGGGCUGCCCGCAGCAGAUCGCGCGCAGGGGACGGUACGGCGCGUGGCUCUGGGAGCGCGACGCCGACGCGGCCGUCGGCGUGAUCCGGGCGCUGCGGACGCAAUUUGCGACUGAUGAGCGUGUUGUUACGGCGAAGGUCAGAAUAUUACCUCCGGGCGACGAGAACGCCGUCCGGGAGACGGCGGACCGGUGCCUGCGCCUCGCCGAUGCCGGCGCGUCGCUCAUAUGCGUGCACGGCCGGACGCGCGAGCAGAACAAGCAGCUCUCCGGCGCGGCGAACUGGGCGUCAAUAAAAGCGGUGCGCGAGGCGCUGGCGGCACGCGACGUCGUGACCAUCGCUAAUGGUGGAAUCGGCGACCUGGGAGACGUAGUGGCGGCCGCCGAGGCGACGGGCUGCGACGCCGUCAUGUCCUCGGAAGGUCUGCUGGCGAACCCCGCGCUCUUCGUCCGCAACCGCGACGCAGACGAUGCGUACGUCGGCGCGCGGCGCCUGGCGCGCGAGUACCUGGCGCUGGCCGAGGACACCGGCGCGGAGACGUCGGACGCGCGGGGCCACCUCUUCAAGAUCCUUCACGGGGGCCUGACGGCGCGCGUGGACCUGCGGACGGCGCUCUCGACGGCCUCUUCGUUAAACGACAUGUGCGCCGUCGUCGACGCGCUCGACCAGGCGGACCCGGACGGAUCACUGGAGGCGCGGCACGACGACGCGUCCGACCGCAAGAGCUGGUACUGGCGGCACCGCGUCGCGAAGGUCGUUGAGCGCGACCCGGCCAUCGUCCAGGCGCGCCUCCAGCGCAAGCUUCGGAAGAGCGAGCGGCGGAACGCGGCGCGGCGGCGCGCUGCUGCUGCUGGGGUGAGUUAA